AUGGGAGACUGGAACUUCCUUGGUGGGAUCUUGGAGGAGGUCCACAUCCACUCCACUAUGGUCGGCAAGAUCUGGCUGACCAUCCUCUUCAUCUUCCGGAUGUUGGUGCUGGGUGUGGCUGCGGAGGACGUGUGGAACGAUGAGCAGUCAGACUUCAUCUGCAACACGGAUCAGCCCGGCUGCCGGAACGUCUGCUACGACCAGGCCUUCCCCAUCUCCCUCAUCAGGUACUGGGUGCUGCAGGUCAUCUUCGUGUCCUCGCCCUCGCUGGUCUACAUGGGCCACGCCAUCUACCAGCUACGGGCCCUGGAGAAGGAGCGCCACUGCAAGAAGGUGGCUCUGCGUCGGGAGCUGGAGGCGGUGGACGUGGAGCUGGCUGAGGCGAAGAGGAGGAUCGAGAAGGAGAUGAGGCAGCUGGAGCAAGGGAAGCUCAACAAGGCGCCGCUCAGAGGGUCUCUGUUGUGCACCUAUGUGGCCCACAUCGUCACUCGCUCUGUGGUGGAGGUCAGCUUCAUGAUGGGUCAGUACAUCCUGUACGGACACCACCUGAGCCCGCUUUACAAGUGUGAGAGGGAACCGUGCCCAAACGUGGUGGACUGCUUUGUGUCCAGGCCCACAGAGAAGUCUGUGUUCAUGAUGUUCAUGCAAGCCAUCGCCUGCAUCUCCCUCUUUCUCAGCCUCCUUGAGAUCAUGCACCUGGGCUACAAGAAGCUCAAGAAGGGCAUCCUGGACUUCUACCCGCACCUGAAGGACGACCUCGACGAGUACUACGUCAGCAAGUCCAAGAAGAACUCAGUCGUUCAUCAGGUUUGCACGGGAACCUCAGUGGGACGCAAGACCACCAUCCCCACAGCACCGAGUGGAUACACGUUACUGUUGGAGAAGCAGGGCAACGGACCCAACUACCCUCUGCUCAAUGCCUCCUCUGCCUUCCUGCCAAUACAAGGAGACCCUGGUGCAAAACCAGACGGCCACAAGGACGGCAAGGAGGGAAUGCCGAGCCCCACGGAGCAGAACAGCAACUCCAACAACACCAGCAGUGAGACGCGUUCACCUCCUGCGGACAAACAGGAUGAACCGGAGGAACGGUCUCCACAUCAUGAGGACCUUGGGUGUGCGAGCUCAGAGUAUCCCACCCUCCCUGUAGCAGACACCUCCUCCUGCACUACACUGUCAGGGAUUGUGAGGAAGUCUCGGAAGGUCAGUCCGCCGUGGAACUGCUCCACGGUGGUGGAGGGGAAUGGCUCGGACAGCGGUGACUCCUACCACGGGAACGGCAGCAGCAUGAAGCUACGUGGCAGCUGCGUGGGCCCCAGAGCCAGGGUGCUCUCCAAGUCAGACAUUAAGAGAGUGAGCAGGUCUCAGAGCCCGGACUCUGCAGGGGAGCUGAGCUCCGUGUCCCGACACAGCCGGGAGAGCAACAGCCCCACGGCCUCCUCUCCAAACCGCAGAGUGUCCGUGGCGAGCAGCGCCAGCAGCAGGCGAGCUCCGACUGACCUACAGAUAUAA